GGUUUUUGGUGGUUAGGCACCCAAAAGGUGGGGUACCUGUAGAUGUAGGAGGGAAGCUUGCCAGCGAGCUGGUGAAAGCCCUGCGUGCCUGUGCAGAUGAUGGACUCCCGCCUGUGCGUGGCGUUGUCCAGGGCGCCAUGUUGUUGCGUGAUGCCAUCUUCGAGCAGAUGACGCUGUCGGACUGGCACGGCGGCUUGCGGCCCAAGGUCGACGGCACCUGGAAUCUGCACACCGAGUUCGCGGCACCGAAUACUCUGGACUUCUUCGUCAUGCUUUCGUCCGUCUCGGGUGUUCUGGGCAUCGCUUCGCAGACCAACUAUGCCGCUGGUGGCUCGUAUGAGGAUGCCAUGGCGACCUGGAGACAGUCUAAGGGGCUGCCAGGUGUCUCCAUUGACCUGGGUCCCAUUGCCGACGUUGGCUACGUGGCCGAAACCGCCAAGGUGGCCGAGCGUCUGCGUAAAUCUGGAGACUAUGUCAUGCUAGACGAGAAUACUGUACUUCGAGCAUUUGAAGCCGCCGUGGCACGACCGCUCGGUGGCCGCCGCCAGAUCAUUGUCGGCCUCAACGCUGGGCCAGGACCACAAUGGGAUGCUCACGGUGGCUCACAGCUCGGACGAGAUGCUCGCUACGUGAACCUGAAACCCCGGGCCAAAGUGUCCCGUGCGUCUGAGGGUACAGCUGGUGGCAGCGUUUCACUCGCUUCACAGUUGACCGAGGCUGGCUCGCGCGAUGAGGCCGCUCGUAUCGUUGGCGAUGCCAUCGCCGACAAACUGGCGAGCAUAUUCAUGAUUGAUGUGGCAGACAUCGACCUCAGCAAGAAGCCGGCUGGUUAUGGCGUUGACUCUCUAAUUGCCGUCGAACUGCGGAACAUGCUCGUCCUUCAAGCAGGCGCUGACGUCUCUAUUUUCAAUAUCUUGCAGGCCGCCUCCCUUGCUGCCCUGGCUGCAGAUGUAGCGGCAAAGAGCAGUCAUGUUCAAGCGGCUGCUUAGGCGUCUUCAUUUUCUUUACUUGUUUUGGACUCGUAUAAGGUUGUCUGUUUAGAUUGUAAUGAAAUUUUCGAUAGGUAACAAAAGUAUUAUAAGGCGCAG